GCAUUGUGGAGCACCGGCGGAAAGAUGUGUCUAUGGAGGAGGAGGAGGAGGGAGCGCGAGAAAGGAGCCAGGGAUGGACAGAAAAACAUUUCUGCAAGAGAUGAGAAGUGGCAGUGAAAGUGGACUCAACAUGUUAUAAUUGUUCUCCAAGACUCCCAUCUCUUCCAUCGGAACCAUCACGGCAUUCAGUGGGACUUACACUCGAGUAAGGGAUGGUAGGAUUGUAGCUUCUGAGAGCAUAGUCGCUCUGGAGCAAAAUAGGACUGAGUUUUCACCAAAACGUGUGUGUUCUUGUACAAAGACUUAACUCAUGUGACAACUCUUCUGUUUUUAAUUGAGGGAACUGAAUGCUGAAGGGCACCCUCUGAAUGAGUUGUAACCAAAGCACAAGUUGGAUGUUUCAUCACGAUGUUUUCCAGCUCCUCUUCCUCAUCUGCCACAGCAAGACGGCACUCCUUUCAAAUCCACAGUGUCUGCUGCCUGCUCACCAGAAGGUCACAGGGAUUUUACACCAAAGAUGCUGGCGUUGUUUACAGGAAAAACAUGGGAAUCCUGAGGAAGCUGAUAUGUCAGGAAAGUACAACAUUCAAGAAAGUUUGGACAACUCAUUCUACAUCUCCAAUAGUUUAUCAAAGUGGAAAGGUUUAUUUUGACAAUUAUCGCUGCUGUGUGAGCAGCAUCACACAAGAGCCGAGGAUUAUUUACCAAAUGCCAGCAUGCCCUAAAUCACAAAAAAUAGAGGAUGCUUUAUUACUGGAAUGCCCAGUGGGUGAAGUGUUGCCAAGCCUGUCAGACUACAAACCUUCCUUGGCAGUUUUGACAGCUCACAACUGGCUUCUUCGUGUCUCUGUUAAUACAGGAGAAAUACUUGAAAAGGUGUACCUUGCUUCCCAUUGCAAAUUCAGGUACCUGAGCUGGGACAGUCCUCAAGAAGUCAUGACUGUCAAGUCAUCUCAGCAGAAACCCCCAGUAGCUUCACAGCAGGCAGGCAGCCAACCGUCUGUGCUUUUCUUCCUUGGUAUCUUCAGUGUUCUGCCACUUACAUUUAUUGGAAUGCUACAGAUUGAUAAAAAGGUCUUUGGGAACACCAUGACAGAUGUUGCCAUGUCCCAUGGCAUGCUCAUUGUGACACAUAGCUCAGGUCUUGUCAGGCUGUAUAGCUUCCAAACCAUCUCCGAGCAGUUCAUGCAGCACCAGGUGGAUCUGGGACAGGAGUACAACUGGAAUGGCAAAGUUGGAAUUGUGGGGAGAUACCCUUUUGGCAUCCCAUGUAACAUUAAAAUAACAGAUACUCCAGAUCUGCUUUUUGAAGUGUCUUCCCUUGAAAGCACAUUUCAGAUCGGAGGAUACCCUUGGCAUUACAUCUUCACUCCCAACAAGAAGAGUCAAAAGGGGAUCUUUCACAUUUGCUCUUUGAAAGACCACACUUUGGCAAAGAACGGCAUACAGGAUAUGCAGUGUUGCUCCUUGGAACCUGACUGGAUAUCUUUCCACCCAGACAGUUCUGGAAGGAUACUACACGUGGGACCAAAUCUGGUUAAAGUUUUGAAGCUGAAGGAAAUUGAAAAUCAUGCAGGACAGCAAGAAGUUACAGAAGACUUUAUCAUAGAGACCAACCGGGAAAACAGUGUUAACAACGCUGUAACUGUAACCGCUUCUGGCCGAAUAGUGAAGAAACGUUAUAACAUACUGGAUGAUGAUCCUGAACAAGAGACAUUCAAGAUUGUAGAUUAUGAAGACGAACUGGAUUUGCUGUCCAUUGUGGCUGUGACUCAGGUCGGAUCGGACGGAGCAGCUCUUCUUCAUUUUCACUGUAAUGAGCGCGGCACACGGCUGAAGACCAUUCCUUUCACAGAAUCCUGGGAGGUGACAUACAACCAUGAAGUUUACUUUGACAGAAACGUUAUGCUACACAUAGAGCAGAAGCCCAACAGGAUCUUCAGCUGUUACGUUUACCAAAUGGUCUGUAAUGACUCAAGGGAAAAUGAAGACAUGAAGAACAGAGAAGGAGAAGGAGUGAUUUGUAAAAAACUGGGAAGAACUUUUGAGUGUUUUUGGAAUCUUCACUAUUUAGAGGCUUUGCUAUGGACAGCAUUCAAGCCUUUUUUACUGAGUUUCACCUGAGUAAAAGUAAAUACUUUUGCAAAUUAA